UCUCUCUCUGUUGCCCCCAAAGAGAACAAAAGAGGUUAGGGGAAAAGAGGAGAGGGGGUCUUUCUUCACUGACAGCUAACUAUUAAGGUUAGUCCUGCUGUUCUGUUUCACCUGGUAAGAUUAACUUAAAAACCCAGUUUAAGGUUCUUGUCUGAUUUAUGAUCAAGAUCAUGUUAUUAUUGCAUUAGCUCAGAUGGUGAUUUGUGUUGUUGGUUUAGUCAGAUACUGUGAUGAUUGUUGGUGAUUUGGGGUUGACUGUGGUUCUUGGGAGGAGUAGGAGGAGGAGGAGAAGGAGAAGAGAUAAUGUAAAAGGAGAUUCUUUAAUACUAGAUUGAGAUGGAUUGCCUUUAGAUCCAGGAUAACACCCCCCCCCCCCCCCCCCCCUCCAGUUCUAUGCGAAGAAAAGGUGGAUCCUUUCUUGUGAUUUUGAUUAGAGUUGUUCUUUCUCAUGAUCCCUUUGCUUUCUCAUCUUGGAUUUAUAGAUAUGGAUAGAAUCUGGAUUGCAGUCAUUUUCAUGUAUGCGUAUGUGUAUAUUUGAGGGUUGGUGGUGAGGAUAGGUUUUUGGUCCUAUGUGGCUGAGUCUUGGCCAGAGGGAGAAGUGUUUGCUAAGCUUUAUAAGGAACUCAAUUCACCUGUGAAGUCUUCAUAUAUGUGUCGUUUGGAGUUUUGAUUUGUUGUUGCUCGUCAGAUCUGUUAACCCUUUUUCAUUCUCCUCAUGUUCAUCAAGUAGCCCCAUUUCCUGUUGGAUCAUAGUGGUGUAGAAUUGUGUUUGUAUUACUACAGUUGUGAGAGAAUUAGUGAAUCCUGCAAAGAGAGGGGUUGUUGUCUAAACCUUAAUAAGAAUUGUUAAUUUACCGAGGGGGGUUUGGAGUGACUGUUGAAUUGUAUGAAGACAAGGAAAUUAAUGGAGGACAUGUCUCCAGCAGUUGCGGUGACACUUAGUUUAGGUAAUACUGUCUGUGAUAAUUCCGCAAUUGCAACCAACGUGGAGUUUGCAUGGCUAAAGCUAGUAACAGAGCCGGGAAAUUUGUCAUCGGAUACCACUACGCUGGCGCCUUUGGAGUUGAUUUCAAAUGGAAGUGGUAAUGAUGCUAGGACUGAAAUUAGUGUGGUAACAAUACCAUCACUAGAAGAUAACAUUGGAGGAGCUGAUUUGUUGAAGUUGCUCCCAAAGAAUGGAAACAGUUUGGGUCGGAAGGAUUCCAUGGUUAAAGAGAGUGAGGAAGAAAUCUUAUCCUUUAGAUAUGAGACUAAUGAAAUUGUUACUGAGCAAUUGGUAACGUUAGAGGUGGUCUCUGAGAUAAGCUUGACAGAUGUUGUGGAGAUAGGAAAGUCUGGCGAGGAUAAGAUUGUUGCAAAUGCUAUAGUCUUGGUAGAAUCUACUAUAGGGCAAGUGCCUUCUGGUGAAGUCAUUGUGGCAGCAGUAACUCCAGUUUCUGAGAUUAAAUUAGCAGCCUCUACAGAAGUAGUUGUGCAGUCAAAUGGGGAGAAUAAUGUUUGUAAAGCAGCCAUCCGAAGUGUUUUUGAGCUGGACUGUACUCCUCUUUGGGGUUCCGUUUCAAUAUGUGGAAGAAGACCAGAAAUGGAAGAUGCAAUUGCUGCUGUACCUCGGUUCAUAAAUAUUCCAAUUAAAAUGCUUAUCGGCAAUCAUGUGUACAAUGGAAUGAGCCAGAGUUUGACCCACCUAACCAGUCAUUUUUUUGGCAUUUAUGAUGGGCAUGGAGGAGCUCAGGUUGCUAACUAUUGUUGUGAGCGCCUUCAUUCAGCUUUAGCUGAAGAGCUUCAAAUAAUUGAGGAUGAUUUAACCGAUGGAAUAAUGGGAGAAACUCAGCAGGUGAAGUGGGAGAAAGCAUUCACUACUUGCUUCCAGAGUGUUGAUGAUGAGGUAGGAGGAAAAGCCAGCAUAGGCAUCAAUGGAAGUAGUGAGGAUGCUUCCGGGCCCAGCUUUGAGCCAGUUGCGCCAGAAACUGUGGGAUCUACAGCUGUUGUUGCAUUAGUCUGUUCUUCUCAUAUUAUAGUUGCAAACUGCGGUGACUCAAGAGCUGUUCUCUGUCGUGGCAAACAAGCAGUACCAUUAUCAGUAGAUCAUAAACCAAACAGAGAAGAUGAAUAUGCAAGAAUCGAGGCAUCUGGAGGGAAGGUCAUACAGUGGAAUGGACAUCGUGUAUUUGGAGUUCUUGCAAUGUCAAGGUCCAUUGGGGAUAGAUAUUUGAAACCCUGGAUUAUUCCAGAUCCAGAAGUUAUGAUAGUCCCUAGAGCCAGAGAUGAUGAACUCCUCAUUUUGGCUAGUGAUGGAUUAUGGGAUGUGAUGACAAACGAGGAAGCUUGUGAGGUAGCUCGUAGGCGCGUACUGCUGUGGCACAAAAAGAAUGGAGUAACUCCACUGGCAGAAAGAGGCACAGGUGUUGAUCCGGCAGCGCAGGAAGCGGCAUCAUAUCUUUCAACUCUUGCCCUUCAAAAAGGAAGCAAAGACAACAUCUCUGUAAUUGUGGUUGACUUGAAAGCUCAAAGAAAAUUCAAGAGCAAAAAUCUUGAAUGAAGGUGGUCUUGUGGCCUAUUUUCUUAUAUCUAAUAUAUAUAAAAUUAUAUUGAUGGUAGUCUACUCCUUUUCCUCGUGGGCUCUGGGUGUGUACAAUUAUAGGAAUAUGAAUGUACUAUGUACUACUGUACCAAUUGUAAUGCAAUGGCAUAUGUGCUUUUUGUGUACUUUGCAACAUUCUAGUUACGCUGUAUCUGAACAUAUACAUAUUCACUCGAGUAAUGUAAAUUAUGCAUUUUGCA